AUAGGAUGAGGAAUACUGACACAAACAUCAAACAACUGAAGCAAUACUGCUGGCACCAUGAAUCGACCGCGCAACCUCUCAGAACUUUCACAUAGUCCAUGGAAGACCUAGACUUUGGCUUACAGUUGACCGGAACUCAAAACUUUUUUAAUGUUAUUCAUCCUCUAUUCAGUUUGCCAUGAAUUCUGUACAAAUUAAAUACUGCCUAUUCAGUUCCACUAGCCCUACAAUAAUCCUCACUUUCAUUUCAGUUCUGGGGCGAACAAAAUCCACGUUGCAGACGCAUACCCAACAAAAAAGUUUCAAGCUUGGAAGCUGCAGAAAAAAUGAGGUAUUUUUGCGCAUAUUUUUCUCCUGUUUUCGGUCUGUUAUUCUUUCUGUCGUGUCUGACUGUUGCACUCGGUCUCAACUCCGCACAAGUUGAAGUAAUGAAAAACCUCACUGCUUUUUCAUCUGCCUGGAAAAGUAAUGCUUCAAAUCCUGACCCAUGUCAAUGGGUUGGUGUAAACUGCAGCGAAGAUAAGGCUGAUGUUGUACAACUCCACUUGUCUGGUUUUGGGUUUAAUUCAAGUAUAUGGCAGGAUGUGUGUAAACUGCAAGCCCUUCAAUUUCUUGACCUGUCAAAUAAUUCCGUGUCAACCCCAUCUGCAGAUGAUAUUAGGUCUUGCACCAGCUUGGUUUCUCUGAAUCUUAGCUCCAAUGUCAUGUCAAGUUUCCUUCCUUCUCUUAAUUCUCUUCAGAAAUUGCAAUCGCUGGACGUGUCUUACAAUAAUUUGACAGGACGUACAACGCCCCAAAUCCAAAACUUGACAGAGCUCAAGACAUUCAUUGUGACAUACAAUAGUUUUGAUGGGUCAGUGGCUUUUGGGGGUGUAAAGUUGGUAAAAGUAGAUGUCUCCCAUAACCAUUUUGAUGGAGGAUUCCCCCAGAACCUUACUAAAUGUACCAAUUUGACUUAUCUUGACCUAAGUGGCAACAGUUUUACUGGCUCAAUUCCUGAUAGUAUUAGCAGUCUCAUCAAGUUGGAAACUCUGGUCCUCUCUUCCAAUAACUUCUCUGGAAAUAUCCCAAGCUCAUUGAAGGCCCUCACCAAGCUCUCACGCUUUGCAAUUAAUCAGAACAAGUUGAACGGAAGUAUACCCAAGGAGCUCUCAGCCAUCACAGGUCUGGAAUCUCUUGAUCUCAGCUACAAUAAAUUAUCGGGAUCUAUUCCUCUACAAGUGUUUUCUUUGAGCAAUCUGAAGUCUCUAGACCUUACCACCAAUUUGCUUUCUGGCGAGAUACCUCAGAAUUUCCCAAAAAGUUUUUUCAGGUUGCGCAUAGGUAAUAACAAACUGACUGGAAAGAUCCCUCCGACUGUUUCAAAUGCCCCAAAUUUGACAUACCUAGAAAUGAAUAACAACUUUCUAAACGGCUCAAUUCCAAAGCAGUUAGCAAAGUGUACUAAACUCCAGCUACUUGAUGUUGGACACAAUGGCUUGGGAGGCUCAUUGACCGAUGUACUGCCCAAACUUCUGCAGUUGCAGUAUUUGAAGCUGCCAAGUAAUAAAUUUGAGGGAAAUAUUCUAGAGGAGCUAUCAAAUUUGACAGAACUGACAUAUGUGGAUUUGAGUGACAAUCUCUUAUCAGGAUCCAUAUCCCCAAAAAUUUUUGAGCUUACGCGGCUGCAGAAUCUGCGAUUACAAAAUAACCGUCUAGCAGGAAUCAUACCAGUGAAUAUACAGGAUAGCAAGUCCUUAUUAGAGCUUCAAUUGGGCAGUAACAACCUCAGUGGAACAAUUCCACAAGGAGUUAGCAAUCUUUAUACGUUGCAGAUUGCUUUGAAUCUCAGCCACAAUUUUCUGGAAGGUAAAAUUCCAAGCUCUUUAUCCAACCUGAUUACUCUAGAAAUAUUGGAUCUUUCCAAUAACAGGUUGAUAGGAGAUAUUCCAGCAUCUUUAUCAAACAUGAAGAGCCUUACAGUUUUGGACCUGUCGUACAAUCAAUUAACAGGCAUCAUUCCACCGCAUCUUUUGAACAACAAAAACAUAGUUUUUAACUGUACAGGAAACCUUGGUCUUUAUAAAGAGCAAUCUAUUCAGUCUUCCACUAAGAAGAAGAAACCUUCAGCAGGGUUGCUAGUUGGAGUUGCUGUUGCUGGUGCCAUUUUUGCCCUUGGGGCAGUUGGAUUGACAAUGUUCGCAUGUAAAUACUUUCAGUAUAAAGAGCACGAAGUACCAGAAGUACAACAACCCCAUACAAUUGAAGGCCGUUUUAUUCAUCCAGACAGUGCCCACAAUGCAAAUAUAGAUUUUGAAAAGGGUGUGGAAGCAACUACAGAUCCUGCAAAUAUGAUCCUGAAGAACAAGUACAAUGCUUAUUACAAAGCUGUGAUGCCUUCUGGAAGUAGCUACUCUGUGAAGAAGCUCAGUUGGACUGACAAAGUAUUCAAAUCAGGAAGCCACCGCAGGUUUGAAGCAGAACUAGAGAAGCUGGGAAGAUUUAAUCAUCCAAACAUAAUGACACCCUUGGCAUAUGUUCUAGACACAGAUUGUGCUUAUCUUUUCUAUGAAUAUGCUCAUAAAGGCAGCCUAUCAGAAUUCCUCCACACCACUGGUGUUUGUGUAUUGGAUUGGCCAUCGCGAUGCAGCAUUGCUAUUUGUAUAGCCCAUGGUUUGGCUUUUCUACAUGGAUGUCAGCACCCAAUUCUCCAUCUUGAUCUCUCCACCAAAAACAUUUUUCUUAAGUCACUGGCAGAAGCACAAAUAGCUGAUACUGAGCUUUGCAAGAUUGUCGAUCCUUCCAAGAGCACAGGGAGUCUUUCUGGAAUUGCUGGCUCAGUUGGAUACAUGCCACCAGAAUAUGCAUACACAAUGAGAGUAACUGCAGCUGGUAAUGUGUAUAGCUUUGGGGUCAUUUUGUUAGAGUUGUUGACUGGGAUGCCUCCCAUCACAAGCGGGAUGGAUCUUGCAAAGUGGGUUCAGUUGAAACUUUCAGGGGAAGAAGCAUGGGAGCAAAUUCUUGACAUGAGGAUACGAAAUUUCUCACUUCAAAUACAGACCGAGAUGCUUUCAAUGCUAAAAGUAGCUCUUACUUGCAUUAACUCCUCUCCUGAUGCAAGACCUAAAAUGAGAAAAGUAGUGGGGACACUACAAGUCAUCAGGCAAACUUCAUGAAUCAAAUUUUACUGCUAUACAAUUUGGAGAGAACCCAGAUGCUAUUUCCGUACCUUAUGAAGGAAAAUCAAUCAAUGUAAAGCAUAUGCAUGUAUUACAGACUGUAAGGUUGUGUCAAACAUUAGAUCCUAAUUAAAUUAUCCUACUUCUUAGUUGCUCCAUCAGAAAUAUGCUGUGGGGUAUCUCUGCGAUGAUUACUUGUGCUUCAUGAUUGUGGUCUUUCUGUGACUCUGUAUCAUAUAAAUUGUACAUAGUUCAGAGAGAAUGGCCAGAUGUUUUGUUUUUAAUUUAAUUGAUCACAGUUUGAUUGAUGUGAA